CUGAAUGAUGGAUGGGCAUUGGAGCCAAUUGAUGUAGACUGAUCCCAUAGCAACUGUCGUUCAGUCCAAUCAGUGACGUAUGUGGGCAGGGUUUGCGAGCUGUCAGCCUGAGCUGAGUUCUCCACGUCUGGCAGAUCAGCUUGCGCUGAAUUGGAGCCGGGACAGCAGCACAGUGGUGUAUUCUAUAGCUUGCUUAGGUUACUGGGUAUGUGUCUCCCACCUACGUUGUCUCUGUGACUCUGGAUCCAGCUUACCGCAUAAUGGGCUGACUGAGCCCCAUGAGCUGUAAACGCUCUCGUGGAGGAGAAUGACCCACAGAGUUAGCCCAGUCAAAGCCUACGACUUCCUUCUGAAGUUUCUGCUUGUUGGGGACAGCGAUGUUGGAAAAGGGGAGAUUCUGGCCAGCCUGCAGGACGGAGCCACUGAAUCUCCAUAUGGUUACAACAUGGGGAUCGACUACAAGACCACAACCAUAUUGCUGGAUGGCCGGCGGAUAAAAUUACAGCUCUGGGAUACAUCAGGACAAGGAAGAUUUUGCACUAUUUUUCGUUCAUAUUCCAGAGGAGCUCAGGGCGUGAUUCUUGUCUAUGAUAUCACCAACCGCUGGUCUUUUGAUGGCAUUGAUCGGUGGAUAAAGGAGAUCGAUGAGCAUGCACCAGGGGUACCCAAGAUUCUAGUGGGGAACCGACUGCACUUGGCAUUCAAGAGGCAGGUGUCCACGGAACAAGCUCAGUGCUACGCGGAGCGCCUUGGAAUGACUUUCUUUGAAGUCAGCCCUCUGUGCAACUUCAAUAUCACAGAGUCCUUCACUGAGCUGGCACGGAUAGUGUUAAUGCGUCAUGGGAUGGACCGUCUCUGGAAGCCGAACAAAGUACUGAGCCUGCAAGACCUCUGCUGCCGUGCCAUCGUAUCCUGCACCCCUGUACACCUAGUGGACAAACUUCCCCUCCCAGUUGCCUUAAGAAGCCAUCUAAAGUCCUUCUCCAUGGCCAACGGACUGAACGCAAGGAUGAUGCACGGCCGAUCUUACUCUCUCACUGCCAACAACUUAAACAAGAGACACAGCCUCAAAAAAGCCAAGAUUAUCCGUCCACCACAAAGCCCCCCAAAAAACUGUACCAGGAACAGCUGCAAGAUUGCCUAGACCAGGCCGAGAAAUAUCAGUUUGCUAAAAUGUAUGCUCAGAGUUGCAGCGCACUGUACACACCACCAGGGGUAGCUAAACUUGCCAUGGAAGAGAAGACAGGACAUAUAAGAUAACAUUCCUCACAUCAUGUUUGAUAUAGGGAAAUAGGAGAAUUGGAUAUCCUAAGAAUAAUGCUGCUUUUGAAGUAUAAUGAGGAAGUUUUCCUACAGAGACCAGACAGUCCUUGUAAAAUAUUGCUGUGCAGGUAUUGCUAUGUUAAAAUGCAUGGCCCUAUUUUAUAACUCUUUAUUUUAUUGUUUGUGUGCUUACACCGGGAAUAUUUUACACCAUUUUGAGCUUAUAAUUCUGUCAGUAUUUGGCAAUCCAGUUUACUGUGUGAUUUGUGCUCCCUUUUUUUUAAGGUAAUUGAACUUCAGAGUAAUUGCGUUAGUAGCAAGCAGAACGUUUUGUAAUGUGUACAAUGCGAUAUGCACACUGAUCUGCUCCUAGAGGUAUUAUAACUUCAGCUUGUACCUUCCUCCACCACAGCAAUGGCUAUUGAGAUGUACGUAAGAUGCACUCACCAUGUGUCAGGUUUGUGUGUGAGAAAAGAAUAUUUGAUAAUAUUUUUUUCUUUUAUUAUUGUUAUUUAAUACAUUUUUGAGAAUAAUCAGUGAAUAUAUAUAUAUAUAUAUAUAUAUAUAUAUAUGUAUAUAUAUACUGUAUAUGAAAUUUAUGCUUCUAUUUCUGUAAACUGAAUAUUUUGUACCAUAUGUAAUAACAGAUGCUGAGUUUUAAAGAGUCCCAAAUGCCAAAGAAGUGUUUGGAGUGUGAAAUUGUUUAUUUGCAUUGCAUUUGUGACUAGAAUGUGAUUUGAAGAGAUGUUUUAUAAAGAGAGAGAACACUAUUUAAGGAAAAAAAAUAAAUGUUUUAAUAGCCAUA